AUGAAUAGUCUACAUUUAGAGGGUGAAAAAUCCCUGAACGACAAACUAAUCGGUAAGCCUGUUAACAUUCAAAUAGUGAUAAACAAGGAUGACAAAUUUAAAAAACAUCAAAAUGUUUUAAAUCAAUUCAAUUCAAUUAAAAUAACCAAUCCAACAAAUGAGUCAGCUGUACAAAAUAAUCACGUCAGUGAAAUCCAAAGUAACACUACCGAUCGUUCUAUUACUUCUGAGACUUUUAGUGAUUCUAGUGUCAGUGAUUCACAACAAUCAAUAUCGACUUCAAGAACAUCCUUCCCUCGCCCAAAAUGGACACCAAUUUUUAACCAAUAUACAUGGUCUUCUGUUCACAAUGAUAAAACAGAUUAUAUUCGAUCCACCUGUACUAUGAACAGAAGCGUCAGUAAUACAGAUGGAAUAAAUACAGAGCAAAAUAUGCCCAAUAAAAUAUAUUCUCAAAGUAUAAAACAUUUCCCUCGUUUAUCAACAGCUGAAAUUGUAUGUGAGCGACCUAAAUCAGCCCCGGUGAAAAAUGCUUUGAGAAGAAGCUUGCUCUGUUCAUCAACCUGA